AUAUCGGCUGUUUUUGUUUUUGGUCGACUGAAACCCCUCAAGCCGCUCGUUUAUAUCACUGUACAACCAGUAAACGCGGAUUUUAUACUGACCCGACAAACAGAAGGCUACUAUGGGUGCCGCUUCGAGCACCGAGGCCGAAAGGGAACCUCUUCUCGUGCCCUCGCAUGCGGAGGCAAACGUUCACCCAGUAAACAGCAGAGUGUACGGCAGAAGAUGGCUGGUUUUGAGCCUGUUUUCCCUGUUGGGACUCAUGCAGGGGAUGGUGUGGAACUUCUGGGGUCCCAUCCAGAAUUCGGCUGUGCAUGCUUAUGGCUUCACCAAGUCCGACAUCGCGGUUCUGGUGCUGUGGGGUCCGGUAGGGUUUGUUCCCUGGCUGCUGUUUAUGUGGUUAAUGGAUAAAAGAGGGCUGCGGGCGUCUCUCCUUCUGUCAGCUUUCCUCAUGUUGCUUGGAUCCAUCCUGCGGAGCAUCCCACUGACAGAACAGCCUCUCAGACGAUGGUUCAUACACGGGGGUCAGUUUUUGAACGGCCUAGCUGGUCCAACCAUCAUGAGCGCUGGUCCUUUCCUGUCCACCACGUGGUUUGCCCCUGACCAGAGAGCCACCGCCACUGCUGUGGCCUCACUCUUUUGUUACCUGGGAGGUGCAGCCUCAUUUGUAGUGGGACCUCUGGUAGUGCCAGCACCGAACGACACCCAGGGAGCGAGCACCGUGGCAGCAGCAGUGACUUCCGACAACUUCAUCAGAGACAGGACCCAGCUUGUUAUGUAUGCAGAGUUGACUGUGAUUGCGGUGCUUUUUGCAGCCGUCUUGCUCUAUUUCCCGUCACGCCCACCGAUGCCUCCGAGCGUGGCUGCUGCAAGCCAGAGACUCAGUUACAGAAGCAGCAUCUGCCGACUGCUGAGUAACUUGCGGUUCUUGAUGAUAGCCUUGGCCUAUGCAGUCCCCACAGGAGUGAUUGCGGGCUGGUCAGGAGUCCUCGACAUGGUCCUUACACCAGCCAAAGUCAGCCAGGUGGAUGCAGGAUGGAUCGGUUUCUGGUCUACUGUUGGUGGAUGCGUGUUUGGAGUGGCAAUGGCCAGGUUUGCAGACUCCAUUCGAGGGAUGCUGAAACUGAUCCUGGUUCUGAUGCUGGCAGGAGCCUCACUCUCUUCCACCUGGUUCACGCUCACCUGCCUGAGCAGAGUCACUCACCUCCCCUCCACUGCAGCCAUCCUCUACACUUCCUGUAUCCUGGUGGGCAUUUUCAUCAACAGCAGUGUGCCCAUAUUCUUCGAGCUCUUCAUAGAGACGGUGUACCCAGUCCCUGAAGGCAUUACCUGUGGAGUUGUCACAUUCCUGGGCAACCUGGUCACUGGCCUGCUGCUCUUCUUCCUCACCUUCUACUGCACAGAUGUGUCGUGGCUGAACUGGUGUCUGACCGGCUCCUGCCUCUUCAGCCUCGUCCUCAUCCUCUUCUUCAGGGAAUCCUACGACCGUCUCUACCUUGACGUCUUUGUCUCAGUGUGACACGCUGGGACAAAAGACAAAACAAGACGAGUUAAUGAGGGAGGACUGAAUAACUAUUGUUGCACAAAGAAAAAGAGAAAACACAAAGGGAUCUGAAGGGGAGGUUGGGAGAAGACCCCCCCCCACACUACCCCUUCAUCCAGAAUGUAAAUGUGUAUAUUGGUAACGAUAGUGAUGCAUCGCCGUUGUAUGGCUGCCAAGACGUGACUCAUCGAUGUUUACUCUACACGUAAUGACUCAAUGCCAUAUGACUAACACAUCACCACCUGUUUUUAUAUGUCUGUCUGUUCGUAUGGAAACAGACUUUUUGUGAACGGUUUAAUUUUUUAACCAGGCACAGCAUGACGUGUUGUUUACAGAUGUUGUAAGAUAUACAUGUAUGUCGUUCUCAGCUGCUCGGGCUGAAUUCAGUUUGGUUUGAUUUUUCAGCUAAAAAAAAGGAGGUAAAAGGAGCUUCAUCAGCCAAUCAGCAGGCCUGUCUGUGCUGAGUCAGAGCUAAAUGAGGGACCUCCUGGUGUUUUAGUGCUACUUCGAACCGCAGGCUGUGUGAUUCACCUGAACCCCACCCCCACCACCACCACCCCCCCCACCCCACCCCCCCACCCCCAUGCUGUUAGGUGACCCGAGAGAUCACCUGCCAUUAAGACGCACAUACUCUUUACCACUUUAUCACCCUUUCAAGAUGAAUAUUAUGCAAAGAACAACAGAAAUGGUCUUAAGUGCUGAUUGGAUGGUGGCCAGAGCAGAGAGCUCUGAUUGGAUGAGCCUGCUUUUUUUUUCUUUCUAUUAAUAAACUUUUUAUAUGGAAGCAGCUGAGUCAUCUGAACUGUUACAAGCUCACUUUUCACACAUUGCUUCCAAAUUGUUCAGCUUAUUUAUGAUUAAUCUUGACGAUUUGCGGGACACUUACUGUAUGUUUAAUUAUAUUUGUGAUUUUUUUUUUUUUUUUUUUUAUAUUAAAUUUCCUCCGUAGCGUGCCAGUAUUUAUUGGCAAUGUCUCAACACUAACAUAGUUAACACAAACUGCAGGAGAUUGUUUUAUUUGACAGAACAGAAGAGGACGUGACGGCGUUCUGCUCUUCUUCCAAAGCACCAGCAGGUGUCUCUGCGCCAACUGAAAAUCUCCUCAUAAAAUCCUAAAGGGAAAAGGAGGGAAGUUGCCAUAUUUUAGGACUCCUUAUGUGAUGAUAAAACUGGAGAUGUGACAAAACUCCAGGUCUGGAGGGGACGAAACCACAAAGAAACACAACUGAGGCAAAUGAAGAACAUCUGUCACUUAGAGAUGGUGUUUCUUUUUUUUUUUUCUUCAACUUCUCUUUCUAACUUUGUCUUUAACAUUUCGAUGUAAGAAGUAUUUUAAUGUCUUUUCUUCUGGGGUUCUCUGAAGAUCUGUAACAUAUGAUCUGGUGCUUUGUUUUUCCUUGUAUGUUCUACUCUCCCUGUACAGACUAAGGUCGUCUUUUACCUUCUGCCUUAAUUGCCCGGUGCAGUGCGUUCAGCCUCUGUCUCCUUCCACACUGUGACUAACAUGUCUCUAUAUAUAUUGUUAAAGGUCAUGUUCUUCUCUGCAGCACACACUCUGUGGUUUCCUGGCCUUUGGGUUUUAAAUGUCCAUGUUUUGUGGAAAAGGAAAAAGAACAAAUGUGACUGUUGAAUAUUUCCAGCACCUUAUUAAAGUGAAAGUUUUAAGAAAG